AUGGCCGAGUCAACAAGCGUGGAGCCUGAAAAGGAACCAUUUCGUUGUCCAAUAUGUCUCGAGAGAUUAAACAUCCCGCGAUACUUGCCAUGUUUACACACCUUUUGUGAGGUAUGCAUUCAGACGUACAUAUCAAGUUCGACAACCCGAGACAAAGAAGAUGAUUUUAAUAUCAUCAACUGUCCAGUGUGUAGACAACAGGUUAAGGAACCAGUAAAGGAUAUUUCCAGUGAAGAUUGGGUGAAAGAACUACCGGUAAAUAAAUGGGCAUGGACGAUGACGUUUAAUUCCGAAAAGAAUCCCAUGAAACAUUGUAUGUUUUGCAAACGUGAAGAGUUAACAGUCUUGGCCACACAAUGGUGUAAAUCGUGUGUAGAACCUCUCUGUGAAGACUGUAAACGUUUCCAUACACGGGUCCCUAUUCUUCAGGGUCACAAAAUUGUCGAGAUCAGCCAAAUGGAAAAAUGGAGCGAAGCCGUCGAUAUAGAAGAGACCUGUGUGAUUCACAGAGGGAGAACCGUCGACAUCUUUUGCAAAGACCACAACGACCUAUGUUGUGGUGUGUGCUUUGCAAACCGUCAUAAAAGAUGUGCUAAUUUUGAUUCAAUCGAUGCAUUCGUGAUGAGUCUUGACAAAGACCAAAUUAAAGACAAACUUAAAUUAUUAUCCAGCCUUCAUGAUUGUAUAACCGUGCUGCAGGAGGAAAAUAAGAGACAGAUUGCUGUUCUCUGUACUUCAAAAGAGGACAUUUGCUCUUCAUUCGCAAACAGAAUUGAAGAAGCUAAAAUGUAUUUAGACCAGGCUCAUGAACAAUGGCUUAAACGUUUUGAGGUAGAACAUGCUCACCAAACAGACCAAAUUGAGGUAGUGUUGGAUGAACUAAAGCGAUUUGAUAUCACGGUCACUGAAGCGAGGUCCAUGCUUUCCUCGGUUCUUGACAACGGUUCUGACAAACAGAUUUUUAUAAUUCAAUCGAAAGUUAACGGUCAAAUUCUUAGUCACUUCAACCGUUUGAAGUCUUUGGAUAUAUGGGACCUGACUGAAUCUUAUGGUUUUGACACAAAUCAACUUGAUAAUAUAACAGAUUCCAUGAAAUUUGAAGAUGUGAUUCUUUCAAAGAGGCCAAGCGAUGCUCCAAAGAGAAUUUCUGUUCAGGGGAAAUCUCUUUUCUUGGGUUUGCCAACUUCUAAGCCAUGGCUAGAAUAUCUGGAUCUAAUGUCUUCAACAUUUCAUGAAAUAUCCAGCUCAAAAAUAAAAGGUUUGGAGUAUUUUGCAUUAUAUAUAGAUGACGUAAAUGUUGUCAUUUCGGAUGAAAAUGCAUUGAAGGUGUACAAUACCUGUACUGAAAAAUUGAUAAACACACACCAUUGUGACAGUAAACCAUUUGACAUUUGUCAUGCAUAUAGUAUGAACAGAAUAUAUGUAGCAUUUGGGACUUUUGUUGUCCUGUAUGAAAUAAACAAUCAGGGUAUGGAAUUUAUUGAACUUGAGAAGAUUCAAGUAGAAGGAGUCGUGCAGGGAAUAGCAAGGACUAUAGACGGGUUCUUUACCGCCAACGAAUCAUCAGUCUCAUUUCGAUGUAGUGAUUUCACAAUAAAGUUUUACCUUCCAUAUGUCAAACCAGGAGCCAGACCUUUUAUUUGUUCGUCAUUUUUUGGUAGAAAAGUAGCAUAUACCACAGAUCGCGAAGUCAUAGUCAUGGACACCAAGGGAAACAAGCUGUCGGAGUAUUCUUGUUCCGGUAUUUAUCCAACUGGUCUGUCUUUUGAUUCUAAUGACAAUAUCAUUGUUUGUUCAUAUAGUAGUCUGCCAAAGCAAAUCAAAUUUGAUGGAACAUCAAGGCGAAGUCUGGAAAUUGGUAAUGGUCAAGGUUAUUUUCCUAGGAACAUUAUAUUUCAUCCAGAAGGUCACAAAUUUAUAACAAUUAGUGUGCGGACAAGUCUUUUAUUUCUGUCUGAUCUAAUACAAGAAUUUGAAAUAGAGAAAUAAACAUAAUUUUCAUACAUGUAGAUGCGCAUCGCAGAACCUUUACCCGGUAGUUACAUGUGGUGUUUUUGUUUGACAUUCUUCGCGGGGCUAAUGGCCCAAUACGUUUACUGCAACGAUAUAAAAAAAUUUAACCCCAUUUUGGUUUUAUUGUGUUUAUUGGUCUUUAUUGAUUGAUUUUAUUAGUAUUACUUGAUGUCCUUUAACUCUCUGUUAGUUGUCAACUUUUAAAUCAGAAUACUGUGACUUGAUACAUGUGUCAUACUAUCCAAAUUGGUGUUUAUGCCAUGCAAUCCAUUUCUCUUCGAGUUUGCCAACAAUGCAUAUACAUGUAACAUUCAACAACUAUCCUACAGUUCCAAACUUGAAUUGUAGUAUGUUAAAUUGUACUUUUUUCAAAAUAGCUUAUAUUAGUUAUCCGUCAUUUUCUCCAUAUCCGUGCAUGUGUAUAUCAAAAGAUACAUUUUUUAAGUCGAUCAUUUUUAAAUAAA